CUGGGUGAAUUUACUGGGAUUCCCUUCCAUCCACCAUUUGGGUCUGAGCUUUCUCUAGCAGCCUCUCACCUCUCUCAAUACUGGAAAAGAGGGAGAAUUGGAUUUUAUUUACAGGACCACUCGACAGGAUUGAACAAACAACCAUGACAACAAUCGAUUGCGAAUCAUACCAGAAAAAGUUCAAAGAUGUCACAUUGCCCCCGUUUGUGAGUGGGAUGUCUUCCGUUGUAUCCUUCGCCAACUCCGCUGCCACCUUCGGUAAUAAGGAGCUGGAGGAGUCGGAAAUUGGGAAGGUAAAGGUUGAUAUUGAAUUGGCCUACAAGGAGAUGAGCAGGGCUGAGAAAGAGGCCAGGACUGUGAUCGACUCGAUGACAGCUGAGGCCCUGCAGCUGGCGGAGGACUUUGACAAGGCUCAGAGGGAGAGGAAGGAGCAGGAGGAAAGUCUCUGGAUCAAGAAAGAUGAACUGAUAAUCCUGGAGAGUCAUAGAUACCAGGCCAAUGAUCAGCUUCAAGCUGCCAGAUCAUCCCUAAAACACAAAGAGACUGCCCUGGACACUGCAGAGGCCCGGAAAGGGGAUAAAGUCACUGGAAGGGACAUGGGAAUUGGUUUAAUAUUCCUUGCUCCUUGUGUAGGAAUUCCAAUGACUGUCAACUACAACAAGGAACUAAAUAUCACAAAAAAGUUGGUGAAGACAGUGGAUGGUGAAAUCAAUCGUCUCCGGGCUGAAGUCAAGCAGAAAGAAGACGAUAUGCAAAAGUACAACUAUCAGAUACCAGAGAAAAGCAAAGAGAUCGAGAGAUUGAAGGAGAGCCUGGCUCGGAAAGAAAGAGAGGUGGAAAAGAUGGAGAGAGCAUGUGGGCUCUUGGCUGAUAUGAAGUGCAAACUGAAAUAUUGCUACAACUACCUGUACAGUCUCCAUGGGGCUGUGGAAGUGUUGUACACCUCCUGCCAGGACUUGUACAGUCUGGAUCCAAUCAUGCCCAUUAUCGAGGAAACAUUUAAAACAAUACAGCAGCAGAACUCCUACAAUGAGCUACUAGCCUACGAUGGAGAUGUACAGAAAAUGGUCAAAGAGUUGAAAAUGAUACAGUAUCGAAUGAACAUGAAGUAGAGGCGGGUUCUCCUCACAGCAAAUGGACUGCUAACUGUCACUUAUUAAGGAAUGGAUGUGGAAUAGCAAAGGAGGCUAAAUCAAGGGAGGAGACAAGGGGAAAUUUUCUUAUUCACUGAAUGCUUGAAGAUGAAAUACAUUGCUGAAAGGCUGGUGGGAGGGUGAUUUGUCACUUUGAACAGGGAAUUAGAGAAAACUUUAAAAGGAACAGCUUGCAAGAUAAUAAGGAAAGAGCUGGGCACUGGGAUUUAUUGGAUAGUUCUUCCAAAGAGCCAGCACAGGCACAGUGGCCUGAAUGCUUCUUUUGCCUGUGAAAUUCCAUGAGUCUAUGCAGCAGGUUGGUGCAAUCAGUCUGAUUGUUAAGUACAAUUUGAAAAUGCAGUGACAAAAGCCACUGUUGAAAUGUGGGAAGGCGAAUGUCCAUGAAUGGGGUUAAGCUGGUGGGUUUUGGGCAAUAGGUGGGCAAAAUGCUCACAGUUGUGGCUUUCACUCCUUCAGAACUAAAGAAGAAUCAUAUUGGGCUUAAAACAUUAAAACGCUUCUCUCUGUUCAGAUUAGAUUCCACCAUGACCCAUAUUGAAAAUGAAUGCUUUAAAUUUGUCGGGUUUACGGCUGAAGAGUGAGGAUGGUGAAGCUCCUAACUGAUGUCUACUUAAGCCUUUUCAGAAGGAGAAUCUGCUGGACCUGUCUGCUCAGCCCCACGCCUCAAUUCAGAUCGGUGAAUCCCAGUGAGAGGGAUUCAGAAACUGGACAGGGAGUAAUAGGUUAAACAAAGGCCUUCUGUCAGGGAUGGUAACCAGAGAAUGGAUCAGGAGGAGACCAUUCAGCCCCUCAAGGCUGUCCACUGCCAUUCAAUCUCACUGCGGCUGAGUGGUAUCUCAAAUACACUUGCACACUUCUUUUUGUUCUAUUUCCCAUCCCCAGCUAAAAUCGAUGCCCUGAAAGCUCCAGCAGAUUCCCAGAUUUUUGGGAAUGGAGUUCCAGUUUUCACUGUAAUUCAUGUGAGGGAUUUCUUCCUGACUUCACAUUUGAAUGGACUGGUGCAGAUACGAACGCCUAUUCCCACCAGAUGAAAUAGUUUCUAUGUGUCUAUCCUAUUGAAAUACAAUUAGAUCACUCCCCAACUGCUUAAACACUGAGGGUUAAAGAUUGGUUUAUGCAAACUGACCCCCACCCCCUCAUUUAACCCUUUAAAUCCCGGUAUGAGUGGUGAAUCUGCACUGAAGCCCCUGUUUCCUAAAGUGCAGUGAUGAGAACACAGUCUGACCUAGACUUUGUAUGUCAUUGGAUUAUUUCUAAUGAAUCCUGAGAGAAACUGUGCAAACUCCAAAUCAAAUUCCAAAUGGACCAAGGCUGAGGGAAGAGCGAAGAGAUUGAGGUGGCUUCCAAGGUCAGAAGAUUCCUUUGUGUACUGAUUAAGGGGAUACUGAGGAGCAUGGGCUAAAUGGGAGGGUGGGGAGGUGGGCAGGGAAUGCCACCAAUGAAUCCUAGGAAUUCUUGAGAUGACGUGACUCAACUCCCUGGAUGAGCUUUGCUCAUAUGUCACCUUCAUUAACUCUGGUGGAAUCAUUGAGGAUUAGCCAAGCACCAAUUUGAUAAAGUUUGUAAACACAGUUGGGCAGAGGAAUCACUGCUGGCAAAUGUAACGUACAAAUAGAUUAUAGUAAAAUUAAAGUUCCAGUUCCAAUGAACUACAGCCGUUUAUUGUUCAGAAAUAGCCUCCUUUUUUAUUCCUCUCCAACUUUGAUAUUAAUCUCAUGUGUAGAAACAGCUAUUUUCACAUUGCAAUUUAUCAUAUUCAGAACAAAAAUCGUGAUUGUGGUAAAUGAGAUUCUCCAGCUGCAUGUCAUAAUGAAUAUAAUCUUGAUAAUUAAUAGAUCCUUGUAUUAUUGUAAUUGCCUAUUAUUAUCGGAACGGGUUUGUGAAGACCCAUCUCACUGCUUCAGAGUUAAUUAUUGUGACCUGUGGGAUGACUAACUUGGAACAACUUGAAAAAUGUGCUUGUAGCCACUGACUCACGCACCCUUCCACCUGUCAGAAAGUUCUUACCCUUGAGUUGCUAUCUCCCUGUGGGGAAUUGGUGGUGGGGAGAAGGGAGGAGCUCCUGGUGAAUGGUUUAUUAACAAUGUGGUUGGAUAGGAAGGAAUGGUUAAACUAAUCCCUGGUUGCAACUGUCUUGUGGUGUAGCACAUUGAGCACUUCACCAGUUUCCAAGUCCCUUUUUCAACUGAUCACAAGCUCCUGGCAUGUAGCUCAAAGCAAUCUGGGUUUCUGGUGGAAUAGGAGCCAAGGGUUUAACAUGGUGGUAGCAUGAUGCCUACUGUGCCCAGGCUAAUUUCAGAACCCUCACCAUCUUGGUGACAGGCUUCCUGGUCACUUAUUCCAUUGUUGUUUGUGGAAGCUUCCAUUGUGCACAUGUUGGCUGUCAUCUUUCCCUGGUACACAGCAGUGACUACAAAAUAGAAGCUGCUUCGCUGCCCCUAAAGUGUUCUGAGGCUUUGACAGGCACUGCAGGCGUUCAAGUUCAUUCUUUGAGGCAAACAAUUGGAAUGACAGAGCUGAAGAAACCAGCAAUUCCAAGCCCCCAAAUACAGGGUCAGCAGAAGAGGAGGGGAGACAAUGGUCUAAUGGUGUUUUCACUAGGCCUUUGAUUCGGAGAUCCUGGCGACCUGGGUUUGAAUCCAGCCUCUACAGAUGGUGGCAUUUGAAUUCAAUAAAAUAUCUGGAAUUAAGAAUCCAACGAUAACAAUGAAUCUAUUGUUGAUUGCCGGGGAAAAAAUCCCAUCUGGUUCACUAAUGUCCUUGAGAGAAGGGAACCGUCAUCCUUACCUGGUCUGGUCUACAUGUGACUCCAGACCUAUUGCAAUGUGAUUGACAAUGAGCAAUUUGGGGUAGGCAAUAAAUGUUGCCGAGACAGUGAUGUCCUCAUCCCAUUCACAAACUAAAAAUAAAAGCCGUGAGAGGGCUGUCCAAUUUCGAACAAUUUUAACAUUUAAACAAUAGUAUUGAUUUCUCAGCUUUCGUUGUUCCAUCAUUGGCAGCCAUGCUUUCAGCUACCUUGCCCUCAGCUCUGGAACUCUCUGUCCUUGUCUCUCUCUCUCUCUCUCUCUCUCUCUCAGUCUCUGUCUCUCUCUCUCUGUCUACCGACCUCUUAAUCUUUCAUUGAGAUGUUUCUCAAAUCUGCCUCUUUAGCUAAGCUUUGGUCUUCUGCCCUCAAGUGGCCCAGUGUCAAAUUUUGUUCGACAAUGUCCCUAUGAAGCAUCUGGUGAUGGUUUCACUCUGUUAAUGGUGAUAUAUAAAUGAAAGUUGUCGUUAUUUCACUUAUUCAAUGGCAUCAACUGUUUAAAGUCACGUGUGUUGGAAGGGGAAUGGAUUGGAAGAUGCUUUCUCAGUCCACUCUGAUUCGUUAACACUUUGAGAAUGAUUUUAUUUUGAUUAGUUCCAUGACUGAUAACAUUUCCUGACAGAAUGCCCUGGUGGUAGGGAAUUAAUUAUUCAAACAGCUAGUCCUGCAAUUGAGAGAUAGCCUGCAAAAUAAUUAUUUUUAUUGGAGUGUGCAGACUGUUUUCAGGGAUAUUUGUUGGUUACAUGUAUUGGAAUAUAAGAUAACUUAUCUAUUUUUGAUGACAGAUUAAUUUGUGUUACUGAAGGUUAUUGGUGGGCUGUGUUGACAAAGUGAUGUGGGCUGCACUCUGGCCUCUGCAAUAAUGCCCACUGCCCAUGCCAGUAAACAGCACAGGCAGCAGACGAGGAUGUGAAGAACUCAGAGGCACUUGACCUGAGUGUCUCAGUAAAGAUUGUCGGUGCAAGCCCAAGGCCCAGGAUCCUCAAGGUCGCUGGUUCAACUCCCCAACAAGAUCGAGUUCUGAAACUGAAGUUGGUAUAACUUGAGGGCCUGGCACCAGGUAAUUGACCACCAAACCUUGUUGUAGAAACCCAACAGGCUGCUGAAUGUCUCAGAGGGAGCCAUCAGCUUCUGAACUGUAUCUGGUUCCUGUGCUGUGUUAUAUGGCUGAUGACCAAUAUUCUUGGGCUGGGUGGUAAACUCUGCCUUGUUAGUGUCACUGCUUCACAAAGGGUUUAAAGAGGGCUUCAUUGCAGAGGCAUCUCUACAACUUUGAGGAGAAAUGAUGUCUUAAUAAAUGGUUUGUAUUUUACUUUUCAAUGAUGUUUUCACACUGCCGCUAUUAUUAGAAUGAGAACUGUUUUUAUAACCCAGGUAACUGUAUCUUCGAUAAUGUUUCAUAAAAAUAAAUGUUGGACCAAU